GCUUUCUAUUUUCUUCUUAUAACAUUGAAAGAGACAAUGAGUAAUAAUAAAAAAGUUACUCGGCUGCCUGUUCAAGGCAUGACUUGUCACUCUUGUGUAAGAGCUAUUACCAAUGCCCUUUCGCUUCUUGCUGGUGUUGAUUCAGUAACAGUCGAUCUCGAGAAGGAAUGUGCUACUAUCAACUAUGACCCUCUUGUACUUGGUUAUAUCGACCUGAAAAAUGUUAUCGAAGAUUGCGGAUUCGAUGUUGAUUUGACUACGGUGAUUUUACCUGUACUGGGAAUGACUUGUCAAUCUUGCGUAAAAGCCAUCCAAAACGCCCUUUCUUGCCAAGCAGCUAUUGUAUCCGUUGUUGUAAGUCUUGAAAAGGAAGAAUGUACUGUGGUUUAUGAUUCAGUUUUAUUUUCGACACCCGAUAUUGCCGAAUUGAUUGAGGAUUGUGGAUUUGAUGUCAGCAGCAGUGGCAGCAGCAGUGGCAGUGGCAGCAGCAGUAGUAGCUUGAUCAAUAUGAAAACCGACGAGAAAUCGCAACAUUUUCAAGAUGAUGAUGAUACAAUUCAAUUGGAAAUUAGAGGUAUGACCUGCGCGUCCUGUGUAACAAGUAUCGAAAAGGCUCUUAAAUCUCAAAAGGGAAUAUCGUACGUUAGUGUGGCCUUAUUGGCCGAGAGAGCUACGGUUACAUUUGAUCGUCUGAUUGUUCAACCCCACUUAAUUGCUACCAUCAUUUGUGACGCUGGAUUCGAUGCAAAGAUUAUUGAACGCAAAAGUGACGAUUUGUUAGAGCUUCAAGUGUAUGGCAUGACAUGUGCAAGUUGUGUAGCUGGUAUUGAAAAAGGCGUUGGAAAACUCCCUGGUGUCAUUGAAAUAUCCGUCAAUUUAAUGACUGAAAAAGCAAAAGUCAAGUUUGAUUGCCAUGUCACAAAUCCCCGUAGAAUCGUAGAGGAAAUCGAAUCUUUAGGAUUCAACGCCAUCAUGGCAAAUACAACAAAGGAUGCUCAACUUGAUAGUCUGUCCAAGGUCCGUGAAAUUAAGGAAUGGCAAGCUGCCUUUAUCGAGUGUCUUUUCUUUGCUGUGCCCGUGUUCUUCAUAGCCAUGAUCUUACCCAUGUUCAGCUGGUGGCAUAUCAUCAAUGAAAUUCCUAUUUUCCUACCAGGUCUUUAUUUAAUGGAUAUCACCCAGCUGGUCUUGACGAUGCCUGUACAAUUUGGUGUUGGAAAGCGCUUCUUGACCUCUGCAUUUGCUUCGAUCUUACACGGUGCUCCAACUAUGGAUGUUCUCGUUUCUAUUUCUACUUUAGCUGCCUUCAGUUUCUCCAUUUUAUCUAUGGCUCAUGGUAUAUUCACUCAAGUCAAGGUCCCACCCACCGUAUUUUUCGAUACAUCUACCAUGUUGAUCACCUUUAUUGUCUUGGGUAGAUAUUUAGAAAACAAAGCCAAGGGUAAAUCUUCCUCAGCACUUUCCAAGCUGAUGUCAUUGACUCCCUCUACUGCAUUGAUGGUGACUGUCGAUGAAAAUAACGUAGUCUUGUCAGAACGUAAAAUUCCUUCCGAGUUGAUCUCGGAAGGCGACUUGAUCAAAUUAUUGCCCGGUGAUAAAAUCCCUGCUGAUGGUGAGGUCUUUACUGGUUCAACUACCGUGGAUGAAAGUAUGGUAACUGGUGAAGUGGAUGCGGUUGCCAAGGAGUUAGGUGAUACUGUGAUUGGUGGUACUGUCAACGGUUUGGGUACAUUUAUUAUGAAGGCUACCCGUGUAGGUGCUGACACUGCUUUGAGUCAAAUCGUAAAGCUUGUAGAAGAUGCUCAAGUCAGUAAGGCUCCUAUUCAAGGGUUUGCGGAUCGUGUUGCUGGCUACUUUGUGCCUACUGUUAUUUUGUUAGGUCUGACUACCUUGAUUGUUUGGAUUACUCUUGUAAAAACACUCGGUGAAGAAGGUUUGCCUUCCGCUUUACAGAUGGAGAUUGCAAAGAGUGGUGACGGUGGAUGGUUUUUUGUAUGUCUUAAGCUUUGUAUCAGUGUCAUCAUCGUGGCGUGUCCUUGUGCUCUUGGUCUAGCCACUCCUACGGCUGUCAUGGUUGGAACAGGUGUUGGUGCUGAAAAUGGCGUGCUUUUCAAAGGUGGAGCUGUAUUAGAGAACGGACAAGCUGUUAACAAGGUUGUUUUCGAUAAAACCGGUACAUUGACUUGUGGUAAAUUGGAACUUGUCGAAUCCAAGAGCUGGAGUGGUGAGGAACAACAACACCUGCAAAUGUUGGUUUUGGCUGCCGUUGCCGAGUCGCAUAGUGAACAUUUAUUAGGUCGUGCUGUUGUUGCUAAAGCUAAAGAAUUGACUGGCCUUACUGUGUUGGAUUCCUUAGCUAUGGUUGAAAACUUUAACAGUGUCACUGGAUUUGGUAUCAGUUGCGACGUCACUUUCAGAAAUGAAUUACCCAAGGAUGUUGGUCUGUUGGAGGCCUUAGAACCUAUGUUAAAUACCAGCUAUACUGUCAUUGUCGGUAACAAGAAAUGGCUCGAGGAUCAUAACGGAAUCGGACUUUCAGAUGAACAAGAAGCGGCAUACCGUGUUCAAGGCUCUUUAGGUCGUACAUGUGUGCUUGUUGGUGUCAACGGUUUAUCUUCUGGUUUCAUUUCUUUAUCUGACGUCGUUAAACCCGAAGCUAGACGUGUAAUUGCUACUCUCCAUAGCAUGGGUAUCGAAACGGCUAUGGUUACAGGUGAUAAUGAAUUAACAGCUCAUUGUAUUGCAACUCAACUUGGUAUCGCUGAAGUUCAUGCCGGUGUGUCACCCAACGGUAAAACACAAAUCAUCAAAUCAAUGCAAUUAAAACCGUUUAUACGUCAACGCAAUCCAUGGUGGUCUAGUUAUUGCUGCACUACCAACAAUUACUUGCCUCUUCAUCAAAACAAUAAGGCUGGUAUUAAGACUGUUGUUGCUAUGGUAGGUGACGGAAUCAAUGACUCUCCGGCUUUGGUUGCUGCCGAUCUAGGAAUUGCACUCUGUAGUGGUACUGAUAUUGCAAUGGAAGCUGCCGAUGUAAUCUUAAUGCGAAAUGAUCUGGCUGAUGUUGUAGCUGCUUUAGAUUUGUCAAAGGCUAUUUUUGGUCGUAUUCGUAAAAAUCUUAUUUGGGCCUGUAUCUAUAACUUGGUCGGUAUUCCUUUAGCUAUGGGUGUAUUCUUACCGUGGGGUUAUCGUCUUCAUCCAAUGAUGGCUGGUUUUGCUAUGGCUGCUAGUUCUACAAGUGUGGUUGUAAGCAGUCUAAUGCUUCGUUGGAGUUGGAGAAGACCCAAAUUGGUUAAAAUGUUUGAUGACUGUGAUUCUACUCCCGAUGCUGCCGUCCACUUAUCGUUAUUGGUCAAUGAGAUUAGAUCUAACAUAGAGGAAGAAGACAUUGAGAUGACGUUGCAAAACUAUACUUCAAUGGAUGGAGAAGAUGAUAGCCUACUUAACACAAGAAAUGCUGCUAAAAAUAACGCAUCGAUACUUGACAAGGUGAAAAGUCUAUUUACUAAAAAGACCUCAGAUUAUAGUCCUAUAUCAAGUGACAGCUUUUAA